AUGGAAGUAAAUCGGCCAAAGACUUCCUCUUUGGAGGUGAAAAUUGAUACUUAUAUGAUUCAAAGGCAUAUCACUCCUCGCUGCCUCUCAAAUAUAGAUUACCGACAUACCGUAACCUGUAAAAAUAAAUCAACUUCAAUAUCAGAUGAAAAUUUCAAGUUGCCACUAAGAGAAGCCUCCCAUCAUCGGAAAGCAGAAGCUUUGCCAGAAUUCAUAAACGAAUACGUUUAUGACCCAAUUUUGUAUCGAAAGAGGCCCAAAAGUAGUUUUUCUCAAAAGAGCAAAAUCUUUGCAGAAUCAAAUCAAGAGCAUUUCAGACCUUUCACUACCAAGCUCUCUACUAAAAAUCAUAAACGGUAUUCUAGUGCUCCAAGGUCCAGAAGCUCCUCAGAAAAAAAGGAAAAGUUAGAAAGAUCAUUAAACCUCUUCAGGAUUUGUGGAGAUCGAUAUAAUGGCUUAUUGCCAGCUAAGCCGCAAGAAAUAAAGUAUGUAAAGAAGAAUUUAGAAAGACGGCUUACUAUUGAUCUAGAAAGAAGACCGAAAUCACAAAAAAGUCCGGCUGUUGAAGAAACCCCAAAUGUAAAGCCUUUAAGUUUCCGUGAGGUUCCUCAGAUUAAUCCUGCAUUAACUUAUAUGGAAAAGCUAUAUAGACUUAAUCAAUUAUCGGCAGUAAAGCUAUUUGAUUAA